AAUUUUCUACAUGAAUUAAGCUAAAUCAUGGUCUAAUUACUAUCAAAUUUCUCCCCUAUUUCUAGCAGAAAAUUCGGACACACAAGGCAGCAAAUAAAUGGACAAAUUCGGGGAUUGGAGGGGCUGUCAACAUACCAGAAUUUUCCAGCAAAAUCGGAGCUGCAGUUUGUGGAAGAGCCGGCGGGAAGUGCAGGGGGAAUUUCGGGAAAUCUACCCAAAAAUUGGAGAAACCAAGAGAAAUCAAAUCCUAGAACAAGAAAAGAAAGGGGAAAUCUCAAGCCUCUUACUGAUUUUUCUCAAGGGAAGGGGAGUCGGUGGCUGGGGGGCUUUGGCCGGCUGCAGGGGGGUUGGGAAGAGCAGAAACGCGAAAAUGGCUGGGGAAGAAAGAAGGAAAAAAAUAGCUGAUCCUUAUCCAAAUCCUUUUCUCUUUUAAGUCCCUCAAGUUUGGUGCUGAUCAAAAAAAGUCCCUCAAUUUUGGAUAUUUUAGCUAAUAAACCCCAAAAUAAUAU